UUCUGUAAAUAUCUGUUUCUAUUUAUUGUUUACCCAAAUGCGUACGCGUCUCGUUGUUUCCUUUUCAAAAUUUGAUUGAAAGAAAUACUACUCAUCUUUCCGUCCGACUUCAUAUAACGUGUUCAACUUGUUGAUAGAGACGGAGAUGGACCCCUUUUGAAUAUUCUCUCAGGUAAGGUGGUUCUUACUUCGUAUAUUAGGCUGCUACUAGUAUUUUGCUAAUCCUUUAAUAAGGAUUAAGGAGAUAUGAUAGGAGAGAAGGAGAAAAAAUUCCUCACAGUAGCACCAUUUCAGUGUGCUUGGAGGAAGGAUUUGAAAUUCCGGGAAGCAGGAAGAGGUUGCGUGGCCUUUGAUGCUUUUGCUCAUAACGAUGUCACUAUAGUGUUUAGGGAGAAUGUGGGAAGCCAGCACUAUCAUUAUAAGAGGGAUAAUAGUCCUCAUUAUACUGUGAUUCUUGGGAGUCAUAGGAAUCGGAGAUUAAAAAUUGAGGUGGAUGGGAAAACUGUGGUUGAUGCAGAAGGUAUUGGACUUUGCUGCUCUUCAGCUUUUCAAAGUUACUGGAUAUGUCUUUAUGAUGGUUUAAUUAGUAUUGGUAAGGGAAGAUACCCUUUUCAGAAUCUUGUAUUUCAGUGGCUUGAUUCCAGUCCAAAUUGCAGUGUUCGAUAUGUUGGACUUAGUAGCUGGGAUAAACAUGUUGGCUAUAGAAAUGUCAAUGUGUUGCCAUUGCCACAUAAUCACGUGUUACUGUGGAAGCAAGUUGAUUCUGGAGAAUAUGAGGACAAGGAUGAUGGCGGAGAGUAUUUGGACAAUGAACUAAUGGAUUAUGAGAAAUGGGGGCUUGAAAAUUUCCUGGAGAGUUGGGAAUUAUCUGAUAUGUGUUUUAUUGUUGGUGAAGAUGAAAGGCCUGUUCCAGUUCACAAGGUUAUCGUGCAAGCAUCUGGUAAUUUUCCUUUGAGUUCUUCAAAUGAAGAUGUUGUUCAGCUUCAGGAUGUGUCCUAUCCCAUUCUCCAUUCACUUCUUCAGUUUAUCUACACGGGCCGUACCCAGAUUUUAGAGUCACAACUUGGUUCAUUGUGGGCUUUGAGCCUUCGGUUUGAAGUGACGUCACUAGCGAAGCAGUGUGAAGAAACUGUGGAACGGUUUAAACUGAAUAAAAAGUUGUUUGAUUCUGGCAAGAAUGUGGAAUUAUCACAUCCAAAUUCUAGGCCUCAUUGUUGUACGACCUUCCCCUUUGGACUACCCAUCAAUGUGCAAAAACUCAAAAAUUUGCAUUCAGCUGGGGAGUACAGUGAUCUGAACAUUUAUAUUGAGGGUCAUGGUCUUGUUGCUCAGCCUCAUAAAGUCAUUCUAAGUUUAUGGAGUGUCCCAUUUUCAAAGAUGUUCACAAAUGGAAUGAGAGAGAGUAGUUCCGCAGAGGUCUACUUAAGUGAUGUCUCAGCAGCAGCAUUUAAGAUAAUGCUUGACUUCAUGUAUAGUGGGGAUAUCAGUAUAGAAGAUACAAUGGAUUUUGGAAACUUGUUACUCCAGCUUCUGUUAUUGGCAGACAAGUUUGGGGUCUCUCUUCUUUAUCAGGAAUGCUGCAAGACGCUUUUAGAAUGUCUCAUGGAGGACUCAGUAUGUCCAAUCCUGCUUGCGGUUUCAUCAAUUCCAUCAUGUAAACUCAUUGAAGAAACCUGCAAGAGAAAAUUUGCAACACACUUCGACUAUUGUACAACUGCAAGCCUUGACUUCAUCUUGCUAGAUGAGACAACAAUUAGCAGUAUAAUUCAGCAUCAAGAUCUAACAGUAACUUCAGAAGAAAGAGUUCUCAAUGCAAUUUUGAUGUGGUGCAUGAGAGCUAAGGAGUUGUAUGGGUGGGAGACGGUAGAUGAGCUAAUGUCAAUUUCAACUCCUGACCUCAUUUUCCAAGACAGGCUUCAAUCUCUUGAAAACUUAUUGCCAUUUGUUCGGUUUCAAUUGCUGCCAUAUCACUUGCUUGAGAAGCUGGCGCAGAGCAAUCUUUGCAAGCAUAUUCCCAUUUUUGAUAAUCUUGUGAGGGAGGGUAUCAAUUAUUUGGAAUUUGGAUUGGCAAGGGCAGAACAAAACAUACGGUUUCAACAUAGACGAUCUAGUUAUAAGGAGCUUCAGUACAUAUGUGAUGGUGACAGCAAUGGAGUUUUGCACUUUGCUGGUACAUCUUAUGGGGAGCACCAGUGGGUUAAUCCUGUGCUGGCUAAGAGAAUCACUAUUACAGCUAGCAGUCCGACUUCAAGAUUCACUGAUCCCAAGGUCUUGGUAUCAAGAACUUACCAGGGAACAUCUUUUGCUGGGCCUAGGAUGGAAGAUGGGAAUAAAUGUGCAUGGUGGAUGGUUGACAUUGGCCAGGAUCAUCAGCUAAUGUGCAACUUUUACUCCCUGAGACAAGAUGGAUCAAGAGCCUAUGUAAGAUUUUGGAAUUUCCAGGGUUCGCUUGAUGGGACGACUUGGACCGACUUGAGAGUACAUGAAGACGACCGAACAAUAUGCAAGCGCGGUCAGUUCGCAUCAUGGCCCAUAACUGGGCCUAAUUCCCUUCUGCCGUUCAGAUACUUUAGGGUUCUUCUGACUGGGCCUACCACGGAUGCCUCCAAUCCCUGGAAUCUUUGCAUCUGCUACUUGGAACUCUAUGGCUAUUUCCGUUAAUUUCAUGAAUUUCCUUGUCAUUAGUUGGUCAAUAAAUUUCAUCAUGUACAGUUCCUAAACGUCCAAAGAUGGAGUUCGUAAAUUUUUGUUUCUCGUUUGAACAAAUCGUGUUGACCAUCUCUCUUUCUUCUUUGAGUUAAUAAUCGUCGAGUCAAUUUUGAAGUAUGAAUAGACUCGCCUCAGAGAUGGGUACGAGGAAAGCAAUAACAUGCUAACUUGCCAAAA